GGCAGUGCAGGAGGUUGGGCCCUGCACAGAGCCCUGUGUGCCAGGCCCAUUGCAAAAGCACUGGCUGUGUUGUGGCACACCCUGGCACAGCUGCCUCAGCAGUUGGGUGCCCCAGGACCUGGUUCUCUGCCAUCCGUGAUCUGCAGAAGUAACUGUACCAAAGUUUAAACUGAGUCUUCAGUUUUUAAACCUGCAAAUGUUUCUUCAUGCAGGCUGCAGGCACCACUCACAGCCAGCAGCAGGGAACAUGCAAGAAUGCAAAGACUCAAGUUGACUGGAGAUGUUUCCUGCAGCUGAUUCUGUGCUGGGGGUCUUGCAGUGGGAAUCCUUUGCUCUGGAAGCUCCAGAAAGCUGCAGUGAAUGAACAGAGACAGUGGCUGCUGAGCCCAUGUACCAUGGCAGGGCAUAGCCUUUGGCUCAGGGGUGGGUCAGAAUGCCUUUAGAUAAAUUGGACUCCAGCUGGAUGAUGGAAAUGCAGCACUGGGCCUGGAGAUGGGAGAUUGUGAGUCUGGGAUAUGUUGAUGUAGGAGGGUAAGAUGUGGAAGAAGUGAAAGCUUUGAAAAAAUGCCCAUAUAGGUAAUUUGUAGCACAGUAUUAAGUGUGUGUUACCUUUGGGUGUGAGAUAAUACCUGGUGUCUAGUCCUGGCUCUGUGCUGAUGGAUAAUCCUGGGCUGGCUCUGACACUUGGGUGCCUCUGUUCCCCCACUAAAGGAAGCACAAUGCCCCUCUUCACAAUGUCCUGUACUACCUCUAGAUGCUACCUGACAGCUAAUUACUACACUUACACAACAAAAACCCAGAUAAAAAUGCCCUUCUGGGGAAGGCUGAUGCUGCUCUCUUCCUCUCCCUUGUGGGCUGCUCUGGCAUCAGUAGUGAGCAAGAUGAUCCCCCUCCUCCUCCUUUCUCUCUGCAGACUGGGAUGAGGUGGGGUGGGUCCCCAACAUAAGCAGAGUUUUUCUCCUCUCUGCAAAAACUAUUUACAUUUUGUUGUAUGGACUCAGAGUACUGUAAUACAGAAAGGGUAGCAGGAAAAGGUGUCCUGCAUCUCUGAAUCACUAAGGAAAAGCAGUCAGCUUUGUUUUGUUUUUAUUUUUGUUUUAGUAAAAACACACUUCCCACUCUUAACUUUUGAAACUUCCACGUGGCACAGAGGGGGAUCGGUUCCAGUUGAUAUAAGCCUGGAUGAAGAGAGGGAGGAAAUAACUUAAUUGCUUUAGUUCAGCUGGAGUGGAGAGGAAAGAAUCAGUGUCCCUUUUUUUGGAAUUCAGCAAGAAGAUUGUGUUGUUGGUGAGGACAGAUCCCCUGCAGGUUCUGUGGAGGUACUGUAUGGAUUCUGGGGGCAUUCACAAAACAGGUGGCUAUAUAUUUAAAAUAGGAACUUUGCUGUCAGGGACGAAAAGCUGUGUUGCUUUCUUGGAAGUAUUGCUGCACUUGGAGCAUACUGUGUUAUCAACAGGGUGUUUCUGUGCUUUCACCAAGAGGGGGGAAAAUAAGGAAUGGGACACUUCUGGGCUGAAUGGGGGGGGUUUGAUGGAAGGUUCUGAUGUUAGUGCUGUAAUGUGGGGCUUAGAAGAUAAAAAAGAGAUUGGGUAGAUGGGAUGUUACAACAAAUUUGGGGACUUUGCCUCUUAAACAUCUGUAGUUUCAGCCCGUUGAUCCCUGGUCCCUGAAGAUCAGUUGAUAGGUUGAAAACCAGGGAGUUAAAGGGGAGGGAGAUGAAAUGCAGGAAAAACUGCUGAUCUGUCACUCGUAGCUAAUUUGAACCAGACCCCCAGAGAAUGGGAGGACAUUCCCACCUGGGAUUCAGAUUCUGGGUUGAAUGCAGCUAAAAUCAAAGAUCUAGUCCCAGUGCAGCUCCAGUCUCCUGCAAGGAAAUGCAGAAGCACAACCGUCUCUGUUCUCCUCUGCCAAUUCCAGCACGCUGGCUUUUGGCAUCCUCACGGAGCCUGCAAACUGUGUUGACAAAAAGUAAUGGGAGAUUGUUUAUUUCCCAAGUCUUUAUAUUCAGUCAAUAGCUGCUUCCUCUUUCCUAUUCACAUUUUCCCAUAUGGUGACUUUGGAAAAUUCCUCUCCGAUUUCGUUGGGAAGUGCAGGAGGCUCUCGUUGGUAGAGGGUUGCCUGUUGCUCUCUAAUUCUGCUGCUCACAUCUGGAAAGGAUCUGGCUUGGAAAGGGGAGACUCGCUGUGAGCUCAGUGCAUGUCACUGACAUGGCAUGAGUGAGGGAGCCUGUGGGGGCAACAGAAAUGUUCUUCUCCAUUCAGCUGAGUUCUGACAGCAAAGGGGCGAUGCCGGCCGGCGGCCGGGCGCUGCUGGCGCUGCUGGGGCUCCCGGCGCUGCUGGCGCUGGGCUGCGCCGCCCACACCGACACCGAGCCCGAGCCCGAGGGCGGCCCGGCCCCGCGGCCCGGCCCCGCCUGCCCCCGCGACUGCGGCUGCACCCAGGAGGGCGUCGUGGACUGCGGCGGCAUCGACCUCAAGGAGUUCCCGCUGCUGCUGCCCGAGCUCACCAACCACCUGUCCCUGCAGAAUAACCAAAUAGAAGAAAUCUUUCCAGAAGAACUUGCUCGUCUUUACAGACUGGAAACUCUCAAUCUGCAAAACAACAGGCUGACUUCAAAAGGGUUGCCAGAAGAAGCAUUUGAACAUCUGGAGAACCUGAAUUACCUGUACCUGGCAAACAAUAAGCUAACAGUGGCUCCGAAAUUCCUACCAAAUGCCUUGAUCAGUGCAGAUUUUGCAGCCAAUUAUCUCACUAAGAUAUAUGGGCUCACAUUUGGACAGAAACCAAAACUGAGAUCUGUGUAUCUUCAUAACAACAAACUUUCAGAUGCUGGGUUACCUGAUAACAUGUUCAAUGGCUCUGCUAAUGUGGAGAUACUCAUCAUGUCCAGCAAUUUCUUGAAGUAUGUUCCAAAGAAUCUCCCUCCAGCACUGUAUAAAUUACACUUACAGAGCAACAAGCUGGAGAAGAUUCCCAAAGGAGCCUUCAGUGAACUCACAGGUCUGCGGGAGCUGUACUUACAGAACAACUACUUGUCUAAUGAAGGAAUGGACAAUGAAACUUUCUGGAAAUUGUCCAGUCUUGAAUACCUGGAUUUGUCCAGCAAUAACCUCUCACAAAUCCCAAGUGGUUUACCUCGAAACAUCGUCCUCCUCCACCUGGAGAAGAAUGCAAUUAAGGUGAUUGACAGAGAUGUGUUAACCCAAAUUAAGAACCUGGAGUACCUUCUGCUCCACAAUAACAAAUUAAAAGCCCGAGGGAUUCACCCAUUAGCCUUCCAGGGCUUAAAAAAGCUGCACACUGUCCACCUGUACAACAACAUGCUGGAAAGGAUUCCCAGUGGGCUGCCCCGGCGUGUGAAAACACUUAUGAUCCUUCAUAACCAGAUCUCUGAGAUCAACAGGAAUGACUUUGCUACCACUUACUUCCUUGAGGAGCUGAACCUCAGCUACAACAAGCUCAAAAGUCCCCAGAUCCAUCGGGAGGCCUUCCGUAAGCUGAGGCAACUAAAGUCCUUGGAUCUUUCUGGAAACAAUCUCCACACAGUCCCCUUUGGCUUUCCAAAGAACUUGCAGGUCCUGAAGCUGAAGGAAAACGAGAUAAGCAUCAUCCCAAAAGGGACUUUGUCUGGCAUGACAAAACUGCGGGAACUGUAUUUGAGCAACAAUAAACUGAAAGUAAAUUCAAUUUAUUCAAGAGCUUGGAGAGAACUCAGCAGUCUCCAGUCACUAGACAUGGCUGGCAACCAGCUGACAUCCAUCCCACUGGGCCUGCCGGAAUCUCUGGAAUAUCUGUAUCUCCAGAACAACAAGAUCACCACGGUUUCAGAGCAUGCUUUUGAAUCCACACCCAAAAUAAAGGGGAUUUACCUCAGGUUUAAUAAGAUUGCAGUUGGAGCACUGAAAGAAAGUACCUUCCAAAACCUAAAGCACUUACAGGUACUGGAUAUUGAAGGGAACCUUGAAUUCAGCAACAGUUCAAAGAAUAAGGAUGAUUCAGAAGAGGAAAUGGAAGAUGAGGAAGAGGAAGAAGAACUGAGAUAAAAUGUGAACUCACACAAUCACACCAUGUGAGAGGAAAACAUAUGGAAACUUACAUAUAUGUCUAUGUGUAUAUAUCUAUAUAGAUAUACAGAGAACACUUAGCAGAACGUGCAAUGAAUUAUGCAGAAACUGUCGUGGCACUGAGCCAGGCUCAUGGAAGACAGUGUGUUACAGUGCCUUAUUCAGGGAAAGACCCUGAAUGCCUUUCCAAAGCUUCCAAAUCAUCUUAUACAAGACCCAGGAUCAUAAGGGAUUGCUUGGGAACUCACAAAAGCUGGCUUUUGUUUCUUCUGUUUCUCUCCCUUCACUGUUUCCAUCUGUAAUAUGGGGCUGUUUUCAACACAUGCCUUCAAAUGCCAUUUUUGUCGCUGCAUUUUAAGUGAACCAUGUAUAAGCUUCUUUUCCUCCACCCCAAAGAAGCUGUUGCUGAUCAGGCAAGAUGAAUAUUUUCAGUAGUUUCAUGUGUGGAGCAGUGUAUGAGGCAUUUUGGUCAUCAAGCAACACUAAUAAUUCUGGAUGCAACUACUCCUCUAUUAUAAAAAUGUGUAUAUUUGGAUGAGAAAAACAAAAUAAGGCUGGAUCCCAAAAUAUUUUAUCUCUACUGCCAAAGCCUGCAGUAUAUUCCUGUUUUAGAAAGGUUUUAAGAUAAAACUAUUGCUCUUGUGAAUAUAUAUAUAUAUAAAAUCUGUAUGUCUGCCUUCCAGAGCUUUGCUAAAGUCUCUGUUUGCUCUUGUAUGCCCGUGUGGCAGUUGUGUGAAUGUCUCUAAAGGUAUGGAGUGACAGUGUGAAGUGUAAUACAUGUGGUUGAAUUUUUUACACAGUGUAUCUUAUUCUCAUUGAGAGUCAGGAGUGAGACUAGUGAUGUAAAAGAGAUAAGUGAGCAUGGGCUGUCUUAGGAGAAAACUGUUAAGUGUCAAGAGAAAUUUGUUUAGUUCAAGUCUUGAGACAGUGCCUGGUGUUGUACUCAAAGCCUCACCUAUUUUAUGAUGUCAAGUACUUUCAGCUCCUGUUGGAGUCAUGGAAAAUAAGGAAACCAAGGAAAAGAAGACCCAUGGAGGUACUAGUUUCUUAGUUGAUUAUAAUGUCCUUCAUCUGAGGCAGUUAAUCUGCAUGAGGAAAUGGUCUUUUCUUUUGAGGAUUUCUGAUUGAACACAUGUUGUUUUGUACACUGCAUUCCAGGAUUUACUUGGAAACACAGUUGGCUUAAUUUUUUACCAGCUGUUUUCCUGCUGGAGAUCUAGUUCCACACUCUCCCUUUGGUUCCCAUAGCACAUGACAGUAAUUUCAAGCUGUUUCCUACCUUAGACAAUUCAACACAAUCAUCAAUCAUAGAAGGAAAGAUUUCUUCCUGAAAAAAAUAAGAGCUUGGCCCUAAAAACUGCAAACCCCCAUAUUUUUGAACAGCAGCUAUACAGCUGAGCAAUAAAAUGGCCUUCUUGACUGCUGGGAUAGAUUUCUACAUAAAAUGUUUACAGAAGUAGCUCAAGUCAACUAGCUAUCUCCAGCAAACACCAGUGGAAGUUUUGUUAGUCUUUGGUGAAACAGAGCAAUUGAUUAAACUCCUGAACAAGCUGAGAAUAUGCAGAUUUAUACAGUUUUAUGGAGAACUGUUGUAUUAUCUUUAAACUUCUGUCCCUUACACUGUGCUCCUGUGAAGAGUCAGGUGCCUCAGACUUCCUUUGAAUCCCUUGAGAGUCUGAUGCACUGAAUGCAGGGUGAAGGUGCAUUUUAGCACCUGUAGCUCAGGCCCAAAAUGUCAGAAUGAUACAUACACUGUUAAGCUUCUUUAGCAAGCAGCAGCCUUUGCCAAAGGAGACCCACCUACAGCUGAAGGAAUGUAUCAUGUAGACCAGGCAGAGGUAGGAAACCCUUAUCCAAGUUUAUUUAAAAAAAAAAAAGCAUGCUGUCCUUUAAAUAGGACAAUGUUUUCCAGCAGAAAAAAAAAAAAAAAGACACCCUUCUUUCCCAGUAAAAGCCUAAAACCCCACGAGAGGAAUGUAUUUUGAUUGCUGUGUAAGAGAUUGAUGAGGGAGAACCACAGGCCUGAUUCCUCACUUACCUGAUAUCAUUAGCACCUAUGAUGUUGGACAUAAUACUGUCAAACCAAAAUGGUAGUUUAUUUCUUUUAAAGGAGUAAGAAGCUUGAUGAGAGAUGUUGAGAAAUAGUCAGAACUCCAUGGGACUAAGCCCACAUAAUUUUUUGACUGUGGGUGGUAGCCUUAAUCCAAAGGUCCAGCCUUGGGUGGAGCAGGACCCAUGAACAGGCUCUAAUUUUAUUAUUUUCUUUAGUGAAAAUGAGAGUUGGGAAACUGGAAUUUUCUUAGGCCACAAAGAGGUAACACGAAUGUUGUUCUCAUGUAACUUUCUUCCUGUGAAUUGCUUGGAUUUGGGAAAAUAGAAAGAUUUUAAAGCUGAGAUAGAUGUAUAAAUAGUGAAAACUCGAAGUCUAAAACAUUCAGUUGGCAACUUUAUCCCUAAGUAUGCAUUUGCACAGGCCGCAUGGUCUGUAUGGAGGAGUUUAUUUGCUUUUUUGCUUUUAAAAACCAUGUUUCCUCAUUACAGAGGAUACUGCACAAAACGGGGAAAUGGGAUUUUUUCAAGCUACAAUUUUUCACAGCAACAGGAGUACAAAUGCAGCAUGUGAGCUAGAAAGAACUAAUCGGGUGCCAAAAAUAGCCCCUGGAUAAUGAGCUUUUAUUUCAGACGGUGGGCAUGUAGCCCAUCUGUGUCUCCAUGUGGAUGGGCCAUUCUACAGCCAUCCUGCCCCUCAUCCCUGUUCCUUUGGGAUCCUCACCCCAUGGCCAGCCAUCCUCCCUCCCAUCCCUUUCUUUGGGAUCCUCACCCCAUGGCCAGCCAUCCCCCCCCUCAUCCCCUUCCUUGGGGAUCCUUGCCCCAUGGCCAUUCCCUCACGAGGAAUGGGGCACCCAGCACCUGCUCCCUGCCCACUCCUGCCCUCUCCUCACUCCUGCCCCACACGGCUCCCCUCGGGGAACCCCAUGGCUUGUUAUUUGGGUGUUUCUGGGAAGAAAGGCCCAGGAGAGCUGUUUCUUCCCCAGAGGUAUUAUCUCCCUAUACAGCGUUAUGCCCUUUGCCUCCCCUGGGUGCUGUGAGGGGCUGGGGGUCAGACUGGAUCCCAGGAGCCCAUUUUCCUCUGCUUUCCACGUUCACACUACUGGAGGGCUCCUCCUGCUGUCCCAAAGGGGCAAAAAAAGUCCCCUAGAGGAGCGGGCGCCAUCCCGCCGGCUGUGAGGGAGGAGCGGCCCUGGCCACGGCCGUUCCUCUCUGGGGAGGGAGGUGGCACAAGGCCGCGGCUCUCCCGAUGCCAAGAGGGCGUCCCUGUGAGCCCCUCUGGAAGGAACACCAUGAUCCCGCUUGUCUCCAGCCUCGGCUGGCAGGAGGGGUGAGUUGUGGGCACACCAGCGGCCAUGUGGGCAGGGCGGGAGGCAGGUGAGGGGCGGGGGCUGAAGUGACUCUGUGGUGUGGUGAGGGGGGUCCUGCUCUGCCUCGAGGGCCUCACACACCGCGUUGUGGUGGUUGGGGUCUAAGUGUUAUAUUUAAUGAAAAAGAAGUGCUUUAUGCAGUAUGUAUAUAUUUUUCUGAGGAGAAAAUUAGUUUAAAAGUUGUUUUUUUUUUUAAUUAGGAAAGAUGGGGCAAGACUGCAAGAGCGUAUAAUGACAGGACAAGGUGGGGUGGGUUCAUAUUGAAAGAGAGUAGGUUUAGAUUAGGUAUUAGGAAGUAAUUCUUUACUGUGAGGCACUGGCCCAGGUUGCCCAGAGAAGUUGUGGAUGCCCCAUCCCUGGAAGUGUUCAAGGGAACAAUGGGGCUUGGAACAACUUGGUCUAGUGGAAGGUGUCCCUGCCCAUGGCAGGUAGGUUGGAACUGGAUGAUCUUCAAGUUCCCCUUCCAACCCAAACCAUUCCAUGAAUCUGUGGUUCUGUGAAAAUAAAAAAAUAAAAUUAAAGAAACCUCCAAAGGAAAACUUUGGAUGAAAUAUGAAUGGGGAUGUGGCGGGGCAGAGCAAGGCUACAAAGGCCUCCCUUGUGGGAGUGGCAGCAGCUCCUGAGGAACCAACUGCAGCCCGGGCAGCAGGACAGAGUCCCUGGCAGUGGGACAGUGUCCCUGAAGUGGGACAGUGUCUCUGGCAGCAGGACAGAGUCCCUGCCAGUGGGACAGUGUCCCUGCAGUGGGACAGUGUCCCUGUGGGUCUGCUCCCUGGGGCUGGCAGCUGCAUCCCUCGCUAGGGGCUCUUGGCCAUCAGAGCUCUUGGCUCAUAAAUCCUGCAGGAUUGUACAUUAAAAGGGCAGGUGGGGAAAGGAUCCUCCAAUUCCUGCAGGUGCUGAGGAGCUGGGCUGGCAGGGUUGCUCCUGAGACCUCUGUGCUACAAACCCCCUGUUCUGCUGCUGUGCAAGAUGGAUAGAGGGGACUUGUCCUGAGCAGGCUGAGGACCUGAGUAGCAGGUGUUAGGUACAUCCAGGAGGAAGGCUAUGGACCUGCAUUAACGAAGUGGAUGAGAAUGGGAAGUAUCCUCCUUCCAGAGACCCCACUGCCAUUUUUUCUGCUUCCCAGUGAUCCACACAGAGCUGGGAGGCAGGAGGGGGCCGAUCAAAACUUUUUGAUCGUUCUCGCUUGACUGUGUUUCCUAAUGAUCAGUAAGAGUGUAGCUUGUUAGGCUGCUUGUCACCGUGUUGACUGAGCACACUAACUUUUUUACAGAUUUUGCUUACAAAAAAACUAAGCAAAUUUAUUCUUAUUUAAUAAUAAAAUACUUUACAAAUAGUCUUUUUUGAUGGGAAGCCAUCUCUUGGAAAGCUUCUAUGAUAUAGUCCAAUAUCCUGUAAUUGAUUUCAUUAUACUCUAAUAUUGGUGAGUUUUGCCUCCCAGGUUUGGGAAUAGAUGUCCCCAAGACUUAAACAUAUAUAGAGUUUUAUAUAAUAUGAAUUUAGCCUUGUUUUUUCAAGAUAUUUCUUUUUCUGAUGGGAUUAAUUUAUGGAGGUCAUUGUAAUUGGUUUAUUAUGUUGCUAAUACAAGAACAGUGAGUAAAUUCCCUGAAGAACUCCAUUUCCUUAAGUGAGGAAAAUAUUGGUGUGCCCUGUAGCUCUGAUUCAUGCUGCUAUUGUGAAGUCAGCCAGCUGUGAGAUAUAUGUGUAGGCAAUGGAUGAUAAAUGUGUUCUAAUAAUCCAGUAUACAAAGUAUUUCCAUAAAAAUUCUUCAGUAGUAUCCAAGGACAUUAAACAGUCCAUCAAUAAAGUCCCUCUUUAAAUGGUUUUGAAUCAGGCAAAGACUGUUUUAAUGCACAGUUGUACAGGCUAUCUCAAGUUUUCCCCAUGAAAGUUCCAGAAUCUGUUUUUAGCAUAUGAUUAUGAUACUGCUGAGAAUGUUGCUUCUGAUAAAAAUUCAUUUCUGAUAAAAAUUGAUUUUCAGUAUUCUCAUUUCUAGUUGCAUACAAGAAAUUAAUGAAACUUAUACUUUUAUUACUUGGGAUAUAAUUGUGUAUUUGUCGACAGUCAUCACAAAAGUUAGCUUUAAAAAAAUCCUAAGAUAUAUCUUUUAUACAGGAUUAAAAUUAACUUUGAUAACUUUGAGCACUCUACAUCUUUCCUCUUCUUUGUGGUCUGUUUAAUUCCAAUGCAGCAGUGGGAGGAAACUCAAAGCCCUUCCUGCUUGAUCCAACCACAGUGGUGGACUGACACCCUCCUGUCCAUCCUGAUUCCUCCUUCCCCAGAUAUUUGGUUAGGAAGGAUUUCAUGUCAGAGAAAUGCUUUCUUCUAUUAAAAAAAAUCAGGAAGACUGGAUGAUUUAUUCUAAAGCAAAGAUAAUAUAUUUUCUGAUUAAACUAGCAGUGUAGACUACCCAAAUCUCUGUGCUUUAAGUUUGUUUUCAAGAAAUCUCAUUAAAUAUUAAAUAAAUAUUUAAAGUAUUUCAAUGGAAAAAAAGAUGGAAGAUUAUGAUUAAAAAUGCUCAGUUUGACUUAGUUCUGUAUACUUUCCACAUGUUUUUAAUAGCCUAGUGGUAAAACCCAAUAAAACCACUAGAAGCAAUGAAAUCAUAAUGAAACAUCUCAAGGUCAGUCUCAUUUUUCUUUUGGUUUUGCCAUUUAGCCCAUACAGUAUUUGUUGCAGAUGUAAUGUGAGAUAUCUGUGAACAUAAAACACUUCUUGUUUUGCUUCCCUUUCUUUUUCCAUCUUAUUAAAAUACCUGGGUUGUUUUUUUUUGGGGGGGGGGAGGUGGGAGCUGGAGAUGUUAAAUCCUUAUUAGGAAAGUUCAAAAGCAACAGUUAAUCACAGUGAGUUUCAUGUGGUGGGUCGAAUCCUGGCUUUCAGCUGUUGCUGUGUGCAGAAACACAGCAGCAGGCAUUUGCUUCCCAAAUGAAAUGCAGAGACCUCUUUGUGCUGAAAGGUGACUGCUUUCAGAGCAACAGAUGCAGAACUCUGUGCCUUACAGAACAAAAACUCUUCUGAUGGAGCCUGAAAAGCACAGCUGUGACCUACCUGAGCACAUCUGUAAUUCCCAGUGGAAUGGGAAGUCUAGAGUUUGGUAAUUACUUCAGGAGCAACAUUUGCUUGUUCUCCCCCUGGACUGAAUGUUCUGUGCCGGUUUGGAAGGAAGGAAGCUGGGAAGGGAUACCUGUGGAUACCUGCAGACUUGCCUUUAGUGGCAGUCCACAGGCAGGAGCUUUGGGAGGAGAGGGAUGCCCUGCUCCCCCCUACAUCUCCAGCUGUUGGUACCUUCUCAUUUUGGAGCCAGCAAGGAAAGGAGGUUUGAUUCUGUUGCAGGAGAAGAGGUUGAACAUUCUCCCCUAGCAAUACUCCCCAUCUUGUCUUUCUGAAGCCUUCUGUGCUCGUUCCCCAAAAUACCACUGUCUCAGUAACAGACUGCUGUGAUUUUAUGGUGACAGCCUGUAAAAUCUCUAAAAUAUCCUGUGAUACAAAUCUGCCAGAAAUCUCAGCUGUGCCAAAUCCAUUCCUGUAUAUCAUCUUCCAGGCAACGGGGAUGCAACUGUUGCUACUUUAUAAAUGAUGGAAUCUGAGGUUUUGUCACUUAAAACAGAAGCCUGGCAAUUCUGUGAAUACUGUGAGUACUGAUCCUGUGCUUCCAGAGAGAUAGAAGUGGCUGAUCCAAGGUGAUCAUAUGAGUCCUCUUUAAUGUGUUACAUAACUGUCUCAGUCUUCAGCUCAUUUAUCCUUGCCAUGCAUCACCCUGUUGAAUCAGAAAAGGACUUUUUCUCUGUUUAUGGAUGGGCAGCAAACCCUGCAUUCCUGUGGUCACUUGACCAUGAGAUCACAUGAGAAGUCUGAGUGAAUAACGGGCUGACCUUAAGCAGUGACCACCCUUCCUGUUCUAUUGAUCUCAUCCAUUUGGGGUUUUGUGGGACAAACCCUCUUAUAAAUUCCAGAAGUAUCAAUCAGUAUGCUCCAAAGCACUUAGUGAGGAAUGUAAUUUUGAGCAUCUAUCACCUCCUUAGUUUUAGGUGAAAUCACAGGCUAAAGUGAGAAUUUCAUUUGCAGCUCAGCCCUUAGUGAAUGGAUGCAUUAAAUUUGUCUUUUCCAAAUGCAGCAAAGUCAGAUAUUUUCCAGCCAUUAUUAUUGCAAGAGGAUAUGCUCUCCCCCUGCAAGAUAAGCAACAGUAGCACCCCUGUAGUAAAACCUUCAUUGCUUUGUCUGCUCACUGAGUACUCAGUCCCCAGCUGGAGGGCUGUACUGGGGCCAGCUCAGUGCCUGGAGGGGAGCAGCAGCAAUUCCUCCGUGCCCCCGUGUCUGUAAUGAAAGAGCUGCCUUGCUGUAAAAACACACCUGGGCCUUCAGCAGAGCCACAGAUAUGGGAGUACUUAGUGUUGGGCAAGAUCAAAGGCAUCUGGAGUUUUCCAAAUUCAAUUCCCAGGUGACACAUUUUGCUUGCACGCAUCAACCACCUUCUGCUGGUAGUUACCUCUUUUUUAUGGAAAGCACAGAAAGGACUGAGAUCAUUUCCAAGACUGUCCAUCUGGCUGGAAGAUGAAGCUUUCCAUCUGCUUUGAAAGUAUUACAAAUCAGUUCUCUGUUGUUACAAAGGGACUAAAAUUAAUGUUUGUUGUGAAUUGAAAAGCAAGAGCUCAUCAGGUGGGGAUGUUACACAGUUACUGUGUUUUCUGAGUGAUUUAGAAUUCCUGGUAGAGCAAGGAGGGCAUCUACAAUUUAAUGUUUUGGCUAAUUAUUUAGAUCAUCUGAUUUGUGUGUUGGGAUGCACAUUCAGGUGGCACAAAUAAGCUUAGCUGCAAUUAAGUCAUUUAAGUGGAAUCAAUUAAGACUAGCUGAGAAAAUGAGUAACUAUUAGUUCCAUAAACUUCCCUGUUUGGGUUGACAGCCCAAAACUCUUGGGAGUUAGUGGGAUAUGUAAAUGCUCUGGUUGUGUCUCUUUCUCCCAGUUCUAAUUCUUGCACAAGUAUUUAUUAGAGCAAUUCAACACUUCAAAACUUCCUUGGCAUUGGCAAAAUCCUCAGAAACCUGUUUAAAUAUGUGUUUAAUGAUGUUUCAUGCCACAGCAAUCUGGAGUGGCUUCUUUCCUCUCAGUAGUAUCAUCAGAGCAAUGCAGCUGCAAAUUAACAAGCAUAAAACAACUGCCUCUGAUAAGUAUGUGUUAAUUUGGGUUGGUUCCCAAAUUAUUUCUUCCAUAGCUGUAUACAAUGCACCACUCUUCUUAAUUAUCUUCUCUCCCUCCUCGAGACUCUUCCCUGGUGUAUAAUUUAAUUGGCUCAGUUCCCUUUCUUUUUAGCAGGAGGAGGCAACUUCAAACUAAGAUUGAAUGUUGCCAGUUAAGAAAUAUGUUCUUCCCACAUAUGCUUGAAAGUAUUCCAUGCAAACUGUUGUAAUUAGUGAUUGAUUGGUUGAUUGAUUGAUUUUUUUAAUACAAAAGUUUUGAGACUAUAAAGGUCACGUUUGUUUUUGUACUCUGAAGAAAGUAGGAGAAACAUAUUUACCAACAGAAAGCUUGCACUCUAACUCGAUAAUCAACAGCUUUGUUAUUUUUGUUGAAAGGAAAUGCCAUUAUAGCUGGAAAAUGUGAACAGAUCCAUGCAUACAAAUAUGCUGUGGAACCUACUGCUCUCCUAAUUGCACUGUGCAUCAAGCUGCUUGACAACACACACCAGGAGGCACAGAAAAUAGCUAAAUGGAGGAAAACUUACCAUAAAAAUUCUCGUAACUUCAGUGUUUGCCUCUCCCCAGCUCACAGUGGUGCCUUGUGUUCAGUGCAGUGACUUGCAGGAGCAGUCAGAUGCUCUGGUCAAGGUCACAAUACACUGACCAACAUACACCAGAACAAAGAACCCAAGUGUCUUAGGCCUCCACUUAGCAGUAUUUCAUACCACAAAUUAUAAAGAUCAGGGGAGAAACUGGACCACUGCCUUCCUCCCAAUGGAGGAGGCACAUAUUGGUGUAACCCCCGAGUUUUAAAGAUCCAAACACUGUAAUGUAAAAACCACAAUGCAUUUCAAAUUUGCAAAGCAGAACUGGACACUCCUUGAAUAGCAUUUGAAUGCAGAAAGCUAUUAAACAGCCUGUUGAUGCCAUACAAAUAUGCUCUCACACAUGAGACUUCCACAUUGCCUGCUUGCCAGAGAGUAAUGGGCAAAAAUGUGGUUUCUUUUGCUGUGUAGGACUUGUGCAGCACAACUGACCGAGUCUUCUGGUCUCUGAUGCUUUAUCUCACCCAGAGUUCUCCUUGUAGAAGUCACAGCUUCUUAAGCUCUGGAGUUGACUUAGACCUCUUGAGACAUGACUGUGCUGAAGAGUGGCAGACCAAGUGAGCUGCCUCAGGCAAGCAGGCAGAAGGAUUGCACUUUGCAGUCAGCCAAAGGCUGUAGGUGGCUGGGGCAGAGUGUGGUGGUAAGGCCAGCAGCACUUUUUGCCUGGCAGACCACGGCCUGUUGGCAUGGUGAGGGGCCAUACUCUCCAAAAACACUUAGCUUGGAACUACUUACUUCAAAUCUUGGAUCUCCUUAGCCUCUUUCUUCAUCAUUUUAUCUAUGCAAAGUGACUGUAAACUGAUGGAUGACUGGCAGGAUUAUACUGUCACUUCAUGUAGCUGUAAUUGACUGUGUGAAGUUGAAACUUUGUGUUUUCCUUGUGGGCACGGUUGGCAGGCAGAGAUUCUGCCCUCUCUAUGUGCCCUUCCCCUGCUUCAUCCCUGGCUGCUUGAUCUUGUCCCUGCAUCACCCCUUCAGUUGUGUUGACACAACUGUCUGUUUGGACUGUGCUAAAAAACAUAUGUGUACUGGUUUGAAUUAAAAAUACUUCUCAUCUGA